CGUGGCCAGCCGGCUGUGGGCCGUCUCUGCAGGGCCAAUUUCUUCCUGGUGCCUUCUGGAACACGCUGGGAUCUUCUGGGCAAGUAUCUACCCCGGAAGCGCUGUGCAGACGCCGGACCCCACUGCUGACUGCCAGCUGCUGUUAGGUGCGGGGACGUUGGGAAGGAAGGCGGCUGGGCAGUAAGGACAAAAGCAGCUGAGGCUCUCCAGGUCGCGGGCCCGAGCAGCCAUUCUCGAGAAAACGGGAAAGGGAAUCCACGGAAAACCCAUCCGAAGCCGCGUGCAAUUGUCCGGGCAAUCCGGGGACUUGGCCCAGGGAGGAGUGGUGGAAUGAAGGCUCUGGUGGGCGUGGCUUCGAGGGAGGACAACCGAGGUUUCUGCCCGCGGGCGAUUGCGGUGCCGUUCCCCGGGCUCGGGGUCGACCGCAGGGGCAGAGUGGGCCCCGGAACCGAGAGCGCGGACCCCUCUGCUGCGGAACGGUUUCCGCCGGGCAUCGCGCGCAACGGACCGGAAUUGGGAGCGGAAGUGCAGCGCGUUCAGUGACGAUUGUGCGCCUUAGCCCGCGAAGUCCGAACCGGCUGACGGCGGCGGAGACGCGCUGGCGGUGCCCUGGCUGAGCUGGAGUAGACUCUCGGGGACCCCCGGCGGGGGAAGGCUGCCUGCGGAGACAAGGCUUCUUGCGGACAACAGCCUCGUGUCCCAGCACCGCGGGCUGGCAUCACUUAUCUGCACUGGCUGAGAUCCUGAGAUGUUCAGAGGGGGCUUUGCCUCACACACUCACACAGUCUGCGUAUCAGCCAGCCCCUGUGCCCUCUUGAGAACAGGCCAGCAUGCCCAAGAUAGCCCUGAAUGGUGUGACAGUGGAUUUCCCUUUCCAGCCAUACAAAUGCCAGGAGGAAUACAUGAGCAAGGUCCUGGAGUGUCUGCAGAAGAAAGUAAAUGGCAUCCUGGAGAGCCCCACCGGCACGGGGAAGACGCUGUGCCUCCUGUGCACCACACUGGCCUGGCGGGAGCACCUCCGCGACGCCGUCUCUGCCCGCAAGAUUGCUGAGAGGGCCCAAGGGGAGCUUUUCCUCGAUCGCACCUUGUCGUCCUGGGGAGUUGGCACUUCAGAUGGAGACAUCACAGGUUGCUACGCGGACAUCCCAAAGAUCAUUUAUGCCUCCAGGACCCACUCACAGCUUACUCAGGUCAUUAGCGAGCUUCGGAACACCUCCUACCGGCCUCGGGUAUGUGUGCUGGGCUCCCGGGAACAGUUGUGUAUCCACCCUGAAGUGAAGAAGCAGGAGAGUAACCACAUGCAGAUUCACUUGUGCCGAAAGAAGGUAGCAAGUCGUUCCUGUCAUUUCUACAACAACGUAGAAGAGAAGAGCCUGGAGCAGGAGCUGGCUACCCCCAUCCUGGACAUCGAGGACCUGGUCCGAAGUGGGAAUAAGCACAAACUGUGUCCGUACUACCUUUCUCGGAACUUGAAGCAGCAGGCCGACAUCAUCUUCAUGCCUUACAACUACUUGUUGGACGCCAAGAGCCGCCGGGCACACAGCAUUGACCUGAAGGGGACAAUUGUGAUUUUCGACGAAGCUCACAACGUGGAGAAGAUGUGCGAGGAAACGGCGUCCUUUGACCUGACUCCACAUGACCUGGCUUCCGGACUGGACGCCAUAGACCAGGUCCUGGAGGAGCAGACCAAGGCGGCACAGCAAGACGAGCUCCACAUGGGCUUCGGUGCGGGCUCUGCUGACUCCGGUCUGCACAUGGGGCUGGAAGACACCGCCAAGCUCAAGAUGAUGCUGCUUCGCCUGGAGGGGGCCAUCGAUGCCGUGGAGCUGCCUGGAGACCACAGUGGUGUCACCAAGCCGGGGAGCUACAUCUUCGAGCUGUUUGCCGAGGCCCAGAUAACGUUUCAGACCAAAGGCUGCAUCCUCGACUCCCUGGACCAGAUCAUCCAGCACCUGGCAGGACGCGCGGGGCUGUUCACCAACACAGCAGGCUUGCAGAAGCUCUCGGACAUCCUCCAGAUUGUGUUCAGUGCAGACUCUGCUGAGGGCGCACCUGGUUCCAUGGUGGGGCCUGGGGUCUCUCAGUUCUACAAGGUACAUAUCCACCCUGAUGCCGGUCACCAGAGGAAAUCUCAGCGGUCAGACGCCUGGAACAGCACAACAGCCAGAAAGCAAGGGAAGGUGCUCAGCUACUGGUGCUUCAGUCCCGGCCGCAGCAUGCGGGAGCUGGUCCGCCAGGGCGUCCACACCAUCAUCCUUACCAGCGGCACGCUGGCCCCCCUGGCCUCCUUUGCCCUGGAGAUGCAGAUCCCUUUCCCUGUCUGCCUGGAGAACCCACACGUCAUCGACAGACAGCAGAUGUGGGUGGGGAUCGUCCCCAAAGGCCCGGAUGGAGCCCAGCUGAGCUCUGCCUUUGACAAACGGUUUUCUGAUGCAUGCUUGUCCUCCCUGGGUAAGGCGCUAGGCAACAUCGCCCGCGUGGUCCCCCAUGGGCUCCUGGUCUUCUUCCCUUCCUACCCCGUCAUGGAGAAAAGCCUGGAGUUCUGGCGGGCCCACGAUUUUGCCAGGAAGCUGGAGGCCCUGAAGCCCGUGUUUGUGGAGCCGAGGAGCAAAGGUGGCUUCUCAGAGGUGGUGGAUGCCUACUAUACACGAGCUGCCUCCCCUGGGUCCAGCGGGGCCGUUUUCCUGGCCGUGUGCCGGGGGAAGGCCAGCGAGGGCCUAGACUUCGCGGACAUGAACGGCCGAGGUGUGAUCGUCACAGGCCUGCCAUACCCCCCACGCAUGGACCCCCGGGUUGUGCUCAAGAUGCAGUUCUUAGACGAGUUGAAGGGCCGUGGUGGGCCCGGAGGCCAGGUCCUCUCUGGGCACGAGUGGUACCGGCAGCAGGCGUCCAGGGCUGUGAACCAGGCCAUCGGGCGGGUGAUCCGGCAUCGCCAUGACUACGGGGCCAUCUUCCUCUGUGACCAUAGGUUCGCCCAUGCGGACGCCAGGGCCCAGCUGCCCUCCUGGGUGCGCCCCCACGUCAAGGUGUAUGACAGCUUCGGCCACGUCAUUCGGGAUGUGGCCCAGUUCUUCCGUGUUGCUCAGAAAACUAUGCCCGUGCCAGCCCCCCUGGUUGCUGCCCCAAGUGUGGGUGAGGGAGAAGGUACCGUCACGGUGGCCGUGUCGCUUGGUCCCCUCUCCACCAGGAAAGCCAAGAGUCUGGACGUGCAUGUCCCCAGCCUGAGGCGGAGACCCGCGGGGUCGCCUGCCGCCAGGGACGCCGAGAGCACCCUGUGUGUGGAGUACGAGCAGGAGCUUGGCCUCACCCACCGGAGGCCUGUGGGACUGCUGGCCGCCCUAGAGCACAGCGAGCAGCCGGCUGGAGGACCUGGGGGCAGGGCCCCCCCUGGGGAGGAGGCACAAGACCUCUGCACCGUGUCCCUGCCACAUGAGAAGAGGCCUGCCCCGGAGCAGCGAGCGGGACGGAAGAAGAUCAAGGUGGUCGGUGGCCGCCAGCAGGAGGGGCUGGCUGCCGGUACGCAGGCAGGCAGGGCCAAGCUGUUCAUGGCGGCCGUGAAGCAGGCGCUGAGCCAGGCCAGCUUCGACACCUUCACCAGGGCCCUGCAGGACUACAAGGGCUCCGACGACGUGGAGGCUUUGCUGGCCCGCCUCGGCCCACUCUUCGUGGAGGACCCCAAGAAGCACAGCCUGCUCCAAGGCUUCUACCAGUUCGUGCGGCCGCACCACAAGCAGCGCUUUGAGGAAGUCUGCCUCCAGCGGACGGGCCGCGGCUGUGGCUACCGGCCCGAGCACAGCCUUCCUCAGAGGCGGUGGGCACCGGCAGCCCCGGGCCCCAGCGGAGGGAAGGAGUGUGACUCAAAGCUGACCCUGUCCCAGGGUGCAGCCCGGCAGCUGGACCCCGGACAGCACCUGAACCAAGGCGGGCCCCACCUGGUCUCCAGGCCAGCCCCUGCAGCAGGGGACCCCAGCAGCUGUCCAGACGAGGGGUCUAGAGCCCCCGGGACAGAGAAGCAAGGCCAGCCUGCUGUGCGCGCCUACUUGGCGGAUGUCCGAAAGGCCCUGGGGCCCGCAGGCUGCAGCCAGCUCCUGGCGGCGCUGACCACCUACAAACAGGACGACGACUUCGAGAAGGUGGUGGCCGUGGUGGCCGCGCUCACAACCUCAAGGCCUGAAGACUUGGCCCUGCUGCAGAGGUUUGGCAUGUUCUUGAGACCCCACCACAAGCGGCGUUUCCGGCAGACGUGCACAGACCUGAUGGGCCCGGCUGCCCCAAGCACAGGUACUGGGCCGCCAGGCCCCCAGGAGGGGAGCCCCACCGUGCCUCCCGACCUUGCCCACGGUGCUUCCAGGCCAGGCGCCCCCCAGCAAGAGAAACCCGGGAGGACCCAGAGCAAGAUCUCGGCCUUCCUUACACGGAGGCAGGCUGGGGAUGUGGGGGCUCCCAGCCAGCCCCCCAGCGCCCCCCGCAGGCAUGCCCCGUCCGAGUGGGGCCUGGCGUGCCCUGGCUGCGGGGCAGAGGACACCGUCCCCUUCCGGUGCCCCUCCUGCGACUUCCACCGCUGCCAGGCCUGCUGGCGCCAGCUCCUCCAGGCGUCUAGGUCGUGCCCGGCCUGCCACGGCCCCGCCAGGAGGCAGAGCAUCACGCAGGUCUUCUGGCCAGAGCCCCAGUGAGAGUGGAGACCCUGGGGCAGGCUGACGCCGCGUGGACACCUGGGCCCGCCUGGACGCCCUGAAGCCACCUUGGGGCCUGGGGUGGGCCGGCUCCCUUCCCUCGGCUGCUGGCUUGUGGGGGGGGGCGUCUGGAGCUUCGCGCCGAGCCCGGAGCCCCGGACUGGAAGGGGGGGAGCCCUCUGCGCCCUCCUCUGCGGGACCCGCGUGUGGGCAGUGGACCUGCUUUUAAUCAGGUGACCGGCUGUCUAAUAAAGUUGCUGACACUAUCGGUGCUUGGCGGAGGGCUCUGGGAAGGAAGAGUGGGCGUCUGAGUGGGGUCCCCCUCCCAUCCUGUCCACGUAAGGGCAUGCUGAGUGCUUUGUCCGCACAGCAGUUGGGAAGACGUGUGACACCAGAGAGGAGUGGAGUCUGGGACAUCCCCACGUCCACCGCAGCCGCUGGACCUGGUGCGGGGGCGCGCCCUCACAGGCCCCAUCCCUGGACUCUGUUCCCAAGCAGGCUGGCGCCAGGCUGGGGGGAGAGGGGGCUUCCUGGCGGGGGAGGGGCCACGGGGUGGUGACGCUGCUGAAAACCGGGUCAAAGCAUGGUCCCCUGGAGGUCGUGAGCCCUCCCCCAGGGGCGUG